UACUGGGGCAAAAGAGCUCGGUCACCACCAGCGCACUGCUGGUAGAAGGGCCGAUCAACUCCCGGGACCCCCAACAUUAACCCUACGUUCUUCCCGUAUGGUAGUAAUCACCAACAUAUAGGGCAUCCGGCCAACAGUCUCAAUCCCGACCUGGACAGGAUGACAUAAUCUGUCGCCAAGCCGGGGCCUCGGUUUAGCGUUCAGAGCUUGGCUUGAUGGAUAGAGUCAUCGUCUGGCCUGCCAAAAACUUUUUAUAUACCCGUAUACGGACAUUAUCAUGCUAUUGUGCUACCUUUCUUCUUUUCUCUCGUCUUCUGUGCGGCUGGAUGCUUCCUUGUAUAUAAAUUGAUUUUAUCCCCCCCCCUCCCCUCUCCGGUUUCUCCUGCGUGAUUCAUUGACGAACGAACAAACCCCGCGGCGAAUCGGAGACACACCACCCACCCCGCUCCACACUCCGUACUCCUUUUAACAGCCAUGUCACCACGACCCGUCAUCCAACCCACCUUAGAAGUGGUCAAAGAUGUCCUCGCGCAAUCAAAGGGCGCGCCGCAUCCGCCCAAUCUGAUUCCUCUGGUGGCAUCGGUGCCGGCAGAUCUACUCACUCCCACUGUGGCAUAUUUGAAAUUCUCGGCGAACUCGAAACUAUCCUUCCUCUAUGAGAGUGCUACUACGAUGGAGACAAUUGGGAGGUAUAGCUUUGUGGGAGCCGACCCCAAGAAAGUCCUGAAAACUGGCCCUGGCCAUGGGGCCGAAUGCGACCCACUCCCCGCCCUCGAAAGGGAGCUGUCCCAGUUCCGCGUCGCCACAAUACCAGGCCUCGAGUUGACACCCAUGGCCGGCGGAGCAAUUGGCUACGUCAGCUAUGACUGUGUGAGGUAUUUCGAGCCCAAAACAGCACGGCCCAUGAAAGAUGUACUCAAGGUACCCGAGUCGCUAUUCAUGAUGGUUGACACCAUUAUUGCGUUUGACCACUUUUUCCAAGUUGUCAAGGUUAUCACAUAUGUACAAGUCCCGGAAAAUGACGGAGAUCUAGAAGUGGAAUAUACUAGGGGACAGGAAGUGAUCCAACGUGCCAUCGAUGUACUCCUAGAUCCUAAAAUCCCACUUCCAUCGCAACCACCGAUUAAGAGGGGUCAAGAGUAUACUUCUAAUAUUGGGCGGGCGGGGUAUGAAGGCCAUGUGAAGAAGUUGAAGGAACAUAUCAUGAAAGGCGACAUUUUCCAAACGGUCCCUUCGCAACGACUAGCACGCCCCACCUCUCUUCACCCAUUCAACUUAUUCCGACACCUGCGCACCGUGAACCCAUCCCCGUACCUCUUCUACAUCGACUGCGAUGAAUUCCAGCUCAUAGGCGCCAGUCCGGAAUUACUAGUCAAAGAAGAAAAAAGGCGGAUAAUCACGCAUCCCAUAGCCGGCACCGUGAAGCGGGGCGAGACACCGCAGGAGGACGCACAGCUCGCCGCAGAGCUAAUCAACAGCGAAAAGGACCGCGCCGAACAUGUCAUGUUAGUCGACCUCGCGCGCAACGACGUCAACCGCGUCUGCGACCCGGUGACCACUCACGUCGACUGGCUCAUGGUCGUGCAGAAAUUCUCGCACGUGCAGCAUCUGGUAUCGCAGGUGUCCGGCAUCCUGCGGCCGGACAAGACGCGCUUCGACGCAUUCCGCUCCAUCUUCCCCGCCGGCACGGUCAGUGGGGCGCCCAAGGUGCGGGCCAUGGAACUGAUUGCUGAGCUUGAGGGGGAGAAGCGCGGCGUGUACGCCGGGGCGGUUGGGUAUUUUGGAUACGAUAGUGCGAGUAGGGAUGGGAAGGAGAUUUUUGAUGGGGCGAUGGAUACGUGCAUUGCGCUGCGGACUAUGAUGAUGAAGGACGGGAUUGCGUAUUUGCAGGCGGGCGGGGGGAUUGUGUUUGAUUCAGAUCCAUACGAUGAGUAUAUUGAGACGUUGAAUAAGCUGGGGGCUAAUAUUCAGUGUAUUAAGAGUGCGGAGGAGAGGUAUAUUGCGGAGGAAGGGUUGUAGGUUUCCUUGUUACAUUUUACGUUUACUACUUCUUUAUUUGCAUGGCACUCUGCCGCAGAUUUUUCGAAGAUGGUGAUGGCAGCCGAAAUAUGUGUAAUCUACUCACCACAUAAGACUCGUAGUGUUUCCGCAUAUUAAGGGAAGACGUCCAUGUACCCCGUACGGUUACAUAGAUCCGUAACUGAUAGCUAAAUAUAUCUUUUUGUCAAACGCCCUCGAUCACGUAAGCCGACGGUGCCACACAGCCUCAGCCACCUUUUC